AUGUCAUUAAAUCGUGUUAGUCUUGUUGAUUACCAUAGUCCAACAUCUUCCGCAUCGAGUCAACGUGUACUUCAUUGUACAAUAUGCAAUAUCUAUCCGCGAAGUCUUCAGGCUUACGUUGAACAUUUGGAUAUUCGGCAUCGCGACGAAGAAGUCGAAGUAGCGUGUCCAGUGGAUGGUUGUGAAGAGACAUUUCUAUCUGUUGCUCGAUUUAAAAUUCAUAUUCGAAAGAUUCAUUCGACCCCCACAAGCAAUAAAAGUGCAACAGCUUCUAGUGGCCUGCUUUCGUCAUCGAAUGUCACCACUAUUCGAACCAAUAACGAAAUUGAUGAAGCGUCGACGGAUGACGAGGAAGAUACUCAUCGACGAAAUAGUUAUCUUAAGCGGCCGAAGUUGGAGGGAAAGAAACGUUUUGGAACAGUGAGUCGAAUGGCAAAAAUGGAACCUAAUGAUUCCAUGGAAUAUUCGAUGAAAAGCGAAGAUGAGUUUGUUGACAUUCAAUUUGAAGAUCCAGAAUGGAUUCCCGUUCCCGAACGACGUGGCACAUUGUAUACACCAAACAUGAGUUUGAUGGGUGAAGAUGAAGAGAGUGGAAGUGCAAUAACACCUGUUUCUCGGUCCGGUGGACGAGUUCGUUGUUACGCGCCAAUUCCACACCCGCCUCAACUACCCGAACUUUCAGAGCGCGUCCAAACAUGUCUAGAGAAUGGACAAGCUGCCCAAGUCUUGCAAGAGUUUAUCAAUGAAACAGCGGAAUUCUUUAUGAAAACAUAUCCACAGUUGAAAACUGGUCGAGAGUAUCGUAAAAUUGGUCUAGCGUUAAUUAAAAAGUAUCCUUGUCUGGCUGAAAAAGGCAAUCAUCUUAAACCUGAAGCUUUACUAUGCCGUAAAUUGUCGAUCAAGAUGCGUAACAUGCGUCAAAAAAUCCGUGCGAAAUCCGGUCGAGUUGAAAAAAACGAUAAUCGAAUUCAUCAAAACAACGAUGCCUAUUACGAUGCAAUUACUGCUAAACUUCGUCAGAUUCAAGGACAAGUUCAAUUUUCUACUCUCUACAAGCAAUAUUUGUCCAAGACGCAUACUCGUCGACGAGAAUGGUUAAGUAACAAUGCUGAUCUAAAUCUCUACGGAAUUUUACAGGAAUUGCCGUUCAUGGCUGGAAAAGAAUUCUUGACUGGUGAAUACGGUCUUUUACGUGGAAGACACAUUUCAUCGUUUAGUAAAACCAUCGGUCUCGUACUCGAUAUAUUAACCAAACACUUUGCGAUAAGAAAACGAGAGAAUAUGGAUUUAACCUAUCGUUUAUGUUUAACACAAUUGUGUCGUACAUUGAAUUGUAGUUUUAUCAUCCAAAAUAAGCAAGCUGACGGACCCAAAGGAACCGAUAAAGAAACCGAUGAUAGCAGUCAUUUGCGUUUAACUGUUAUGGAUUUUGUGAACGGAACAUCAUCCUACUUUCUUUUUUAUGGGCGAAAGCCUCUUUGUGAAUUAGCGACAGGUCAAGGAAUGUUAAAACAAGCUUUACUUCUUUUUCUGGUCACUUUUGAAGUAUAUAUGGUCGAUGUACCCGAAGAUUAUUACGAAGCGGUCAGUUUACUUCGUCUAGUCGUAUUCGGUAAUAUCUACGAAAAUGAAGUCCCAGAAUCAGCUGAAGGUCAGCGCUUGGAUCAAAUUCAAGCAAGGAAUUCUCGAGAUUUAGAAUUCAUUCGAUAUAUUGUCAAUACUAUUAUCGAACAAGCGAAACAUAAUAUUGUGCUAUCUGAAUUACCUGAUGUAAUUCGAACACUGCAUUGUGAAGCCGAGACUUUAAUUCGAAACAAUGUAAGAUAUAUUCACGAUGUGACACGUUCAUUCAUGACAUCGAAAGCUCUAGCGAAUGAUCACGCUGGAAGAAGCCAUAAGUCAAAUCCAACAAAUUGGUGCAAAGAAGUAUCCGUACUUAAAACGAGUGAAAGUAAUACAAUUGUAUUCGGAGAUAACGAAGUGAUACGUGAAAUAUUCAAUCGUAUCGGUACGAAGAUCACAUUAGAUAUGAUCGAAAAUAUUUGUGAAUUUACAACCUGUUCCGCCAAACAGUUAUUACAAGCAAUACCGGCAAUUGAUGUUGAUGAAGCAGCUUCGUUAAUUAUUGAAGAUAUACUUCGUAAUCAACGUGGAACGAAUGAAGAGCGAAAUGUACAUGCAAUUCGGGGUGUAUCCGAACGAGAAACAUCAAAUCCACAGCAUUCGUCUCAGAAUAGCAACAGAUAUCAGCAAAACAAAUUCGAUAGUCGAAUUGCUACUAAUGGCAAACAAGGUUUCCGAUUAGAUCAAGACACAUUUGUUCGAGAACAACAGUGGCCAUCGACGAGAAAAUCAAAGUUGUCCAGAACUACUCUAUCGCUCAGUAAUGAUUCGAAAGUACCGAAGAUAGCAAGUAAAACUUGCACUGAAAAUUCGAAAACUAACACGUUUCAAGCUACAUCCUUCGACACACAAACUUACUCAAUUGAUUCACAAGACAGAAAAUCUCGAAGAGCGUCUGUAUCUUCUACAGCAAAUAUGAAUGACAAUGCUACUGCUAAUAAACUUGUCGACUCGGCUGAACUCUCUAGCAGGGUUUUUCCAAAACGACGUCCGUUUAUUAUUGAAGCUAUGCGUAAAUUAGAUGACGAGAAAAAAGAAUCCCAUUCGCAGAGACAUCUUCCAUCUACGCCUCAAUAUAUCAAACAUUGUGAUGAAAAUUCCGACAAUAGCGAUAAUGAUGAACUCAUAAGCAAAUUUGAUACGGAAUCUUGUUCUUUGGAAGUUGCACUUGAACAUUGA